AUGGCCUCCCACGUCGUGGUGAUAGCCACCGACCUGCGGCGGGCGACGGUCAAAGUCACCCCUGGCACCUACUUGACCGAUGUCCUUGAGGAGGCCUGCAGGAAGCUCGGUCUCUCUAGCGACAAGUAUCUUGUUAAACACCGCCAAAAGCAGGUGGACCUUUCUGUCCCCUUCCGCACCUCUGGUCUCAUCCCCGGCGCAAAACUCGAGCUCGUCCUCAAAUCCAAAACACCAUCCGCCAUCCAAGUCGGUCUCCAAGUCCCGCCCCCCGAAGGUCGCGAAAUCCCCGGCGGCCGGUUGAUCCAGAAGUUCCCCAGCGAUCUCACCAUCUGGAAGGUGCUGCGCCAGUUCGAGAGCGGCAAGGCGAGCAAUGGCAAGAACAUCAACAUCACCGCCCGUGGCGUCGCCCAGACGUCCAGCGGCACAGGAAGCGGUGGCGGACAAUUGUACUACGAGAUCCCCGUUCUCAACAUUAUGGGUCGUGAGCUAUCUUCGUUUGCCGACUUUCAAAAGACAUUGUCGCAGCUUGGAUACAACUCUGGCAGCGUUCUUAUUAGGUUGACCUAUCGGAAGACGGAUCAGACCCUGUUCGAUGCCAUGUCCGAGAUAAGCGAAUACUUCAAGGAAACAGAAGAGGAGGCUAAAGAGCCAGAGGCAUCAGGAGCCGCGGGAAAUGAAAAGGAACCAGCAGAGACAUCAAAGGAGGCGGAACCUCAACCCCAGGAGACCGAAGACACUCCCAUGGCAGACCCCAACCCGGAACCAGAACAGGACUCGAGUCGUAACCAGCAAGAGGAAACCAGCGCCGCAGACGAUAAAUCUGCAGAAGAGGACAAGAUGGAUGUGGAAUCCUCCCAGCAAAGAGAUCCUCUAGAACCUGUGAACGUCUUCCUUGCACCUUCAGGCUCAACUCCUGCGGCAGCUCUCGCCCCAUCCAGCGAGGCCGACUUUACUCCCACCAUUGCUCAUGCCCAGCUUCACCAGGCCCGUCUACAGGAGGACUCGAGAAACAGGCGACUACUCUCGGAUCGAGAACUCGAGAACAAGGCCGCGGCUGAGGCGGCCAAGAUCGCUGCCAUCAAAUUCGUCCUCGUCAAGGUCCGUUUUCCGGAUAACACCAGCAGUGACUGGCAGGUUGGCCCAGCCGACACGGGCCGCUUCCUCUACGACGCUGUCCGACAUGUCAUGGCCCACGAUGGCCAGCCCUUCCACUUGGUUCUCCCAGGGACCAAGACUGUUAUUAAGGACAACUCCAAUCCCGGCAAUGAGCUCAUCAAGUCCUACAAGCUGACAGGACGCAUCCUCAUCAACUUGGUGUGGGAUGACGCUGUACCUCCAGCUGUGCGAAAGCAGCCCUUCCUCAAAGCCAAUGUUGCACAGCAGGGACAGCAAGUAAAGAUACCUGAGCCCGUGGAGGCUCCAGAUAGUAAGGACGACGGGCCGGCCGUGGCUCGGCCAUCAAGAGCUGAGGCUGGCGAAGGAACGGGAGACAAGAUCGCCAAGAAGAUACCCAAGUGGCUGAAGCUGGGAAAGAAAUAG